CUUCCUCUGUCUGCCAGUGAGGUCAUGCCCCUCGCCACUUGCUCAGCGCCCAACACACACGUGGGAUGAUUGCCGGUGAUCUGGUCAUUGGCAGAUCGCCAACAAUCGCGCCUCGAAUGCAUCGGGAGCUUCACAAGCACCAGCUGACACGACCCCCACCGACUUGACACCGUACACCACCACACCACACACGCAUCAAAACGCAUCAACAUGGAUGCGUCACAUCAAUCCCCCGAUCAUGCAAUCAAAUAACGUCAGAUGUCGGAGUGCUGUCGCCGUCCUCGGUGGAUAUAGCGCUACUCGUGCCCCCAGCCCCCCCACCGUUGGUCUUGAUCUCAGAAGGCGCCCCUCCCCUGCCCGGCUUGCCCUCCCCGUCCGCCCCGGUGCUGCUGCUGGUGCCCUGCUGCAGGCCCUCCAUUUCCUCGUCAUUCUGGGAUUGCUCGAACAUCUCGCGGUCCUUCUUGGCACGGGACACUCGCUCGUGGAUCCACAGAGUCAGCCAACCGCCCGCACACUGACGUGGCAACACACACACAGAGAAAGAGAGAGGGUGUGUGAGAGGGGAUGGGCUUAAGGGUGUUUGGUGUACCAGCAUAGCGAAGCAUGUAAGGAAGAUGACGGCUGUGGAGAGGUUGCCGGUUUGUGUGCAGAUGACGACCACGAUGAGGUUGAGCGGCACACGGUAGAAGUUGAGGAUGGUCGCGCGGCCCUGGUCGGGCACGAUCGACGAUCGCAGCGUGUAAUACGACGGGAAGUACACCCCACAGCACACCUAUACAGAAAGAGAGAACCACCACAAGUGGCUUGCGUCUGGCUGGGUGUGGUGUGGUGUGGUGUGGUGUGUGUUUGGGCAUUCAUUCUGAUUGCUCACCUCGAAGACAAGGAACGCUGCGAGUCGCGUGUUGGCGUCGUCCAUCACCGCCGGCACAAGCAGCGACGGGGCGCCCACACAGAAGGUAUAGAGCAGGAUCAUGGUUAGUGGAACCCCGCGAUUGCUCAUCUGCAGGCAGACAGAGAGGCAGGGAGGGAGGGAGGGAGGGAGGGAGAGAAUGGCGCAUUUGCGAAUGUGCAGCUUGUUGGUCGCUUGCCUCUGAGAAGAUAGCAGAUCCGAUCAUGAUAGCGACCAUGAAGCACGAGAAAACCAGCCCGUGGUUGAUGUUGUCGGGCAGGCUCGGCGUCCACAUAAACACAAAGGUGUACAUCGCCCUGAUCACACACACACACACCCCACACCAGUCCACACCCCUCCCUCCCACCUCUCCCAUAUUUGAUCGACAGACAGACUGACCCCUCAAAGAAGCUCUGGACGAAUCCGCAGGCCAGCACCUCGGGCCGCUCCUUCAUGACCGCAAUGGCGUCCGUGACGUUGGUCUUCAUGGAGCUGUCGCUGCUGCUGCUGCCGUAGUUCUCAGGCCACGUCAGCACGAUGAUCGCCGCACCAACCAGCAGUGACAGCAGCGCCACGUCAAAGGGAGCUACCUUGCCGAAAAUGUCAGCCACGUAGGCCGCGAUGAGGCCCCCGAUUAUCGCCACGAGGCCGUUGCCAAAUGUUGCUGAUUCGACAGAGAGAGGGAGAGGAAGGGCAGUGAGUGAGGAUGUGUUGUGGUACCUCUAGAGAAGGUUUGUCCGAGCCAAUCUUCUUGGAACUUCCUGUGGUGGUGUUCGUGCACCAUCCACGCGUCGAAGCCAGAGAAGAGAAUCGACGUCGCUAUACCGGCGAACAGCCGACCUGCACACACACACACACACACGAGCAUCAGAGAGUCAGAGUUCUCCGUCCGUCCAAUUGUUCCUUUCCAUCUGACCGAGCAGCAGGAUGGCGAAGUUGUUGAAGUGUUUGGUGAUGCACGAGAGGACGUAUAUGGCGGCGAAGACUAUGCAGAUGAACCGCCGCCCGUAGCUGUCGGCUAUCGACCCUAUGAACACCCCCAUUAUCCCACUCGCACCUGCAAUACAUUCCAUCCCAACACAACCACCGCGAGUGAGUGAGUCGACACACAACACACAACACCAACCACCGCCACACGUGUGCACACACCUACUUACCGAAGCCGACAAUGAAGAGCACGCCGAUCUCGCUCAUAGAGAAGCCGUACUCCUGGUACAGCGCGUAGACGUAAGGCCCCUGCAGCCAGUCGGCCAGCAUCAUGACGUAGUAGACGAGCAGGUAGUUGCGCUGGAAGCCCUUGAAGGCGUAUUGGUUGGCGGGCACCAGACGGUCCGUCGUCCACAGCCGCCACUGCGCCGCGCCAGCCACGCCAGCCAGCACCAGGAACACCGGGAGAUGCUCCAGGUUCGCCAUCUCUGCCCCCUAGUCUCUGCCUGCCGGGCUGCUGGCGGGGCGGUGUGCGGCAGGGAAGAGAAAAAAACGGAGAGAGAGGGGAAAUGGGAGCUGGCCGCCCUCAACAGGUCAAGCGACAGGUGCACAUUGGUAGAGGAUUAGAUGCACCGGUUGAACACAAGAGGGUGAG